GUUUUUGUUUACAAAAUAAUCUUGAAAUCGCGGAAUGCCAAUGUUUUUAAUUCGAAAUUUAGACUUAAUGAAACUAUGAAUAUUGAUAUCAAGCCAUCAAUUUUCAACAUUCCAUGCGCUGAUGUUUUGUUUUGCUAUGUAUUCCCUCAUCUGGAUGUUAGAGACUUAUUUAAUUUGCGAGCUGUGUGCACAGAAUUAAAAGAUUUAGUUGCAGAGUAUUGGAAAUGGAACAAACACUUAGACUUUUCUGCUGUAUGUAAAAGAAUAUCUCCUGGCUCCUUUGAGAUCUACACCAAAGAUGCUGCUAAUUUAAGGCAUGUCAAUCUCAGCAAUUGCAAAUGGCUAAAUACAAACUAUUUAAACUCAGUUUUGAGCAGAAAUAAGAAACUAAUUUAUUUAGACAUUAGUCACUGUUCUUCGGUUACAAGUAUUUGCUUACAGGUACUAGCAAUGAAUGCUCCAAAAUUAAAAUAUCUGAAUCUAAGUAAUUGCCAUUGGACUAGUGCUGCCAGUAUAAUUACAAUUGCAAUGAACUGUCCAAACCUUGAAUCAAUAGAUUUGACCAGUUGUUGGGAAGUUACAGAUGAAGCAAUUAGUGACUUGGCUAUCAGAUGUUCUAACUUGAAGAAUUUAUCUGUUUCUCGAAUUUAUGGAAUUACUGACAAAAGCCUUGUUGUGAUAGCACAUAAGUCAAAUAACUUAGAAACUUUAAAUUUGGCUGGCUGCUGGCGAAUUACAGAUUAUGGUAUAAGACUAGUUGGAGAAUACUGCAAGAAGUUGAAAUCAUUGAAAAUUGAAGAUUGUAGAGCUGUUACGGAAAUGAGUCUUGUGAUGCUACGUCCUAGAAUGCAUAUUGACCGAGCCUUAAGUACUUUAUGUAUAAGGCUACCUAGAUUGCCAAUUCAGUUAUAAGUGACUAUAAUUUAAAUGAAUAUGUGUGAAUAAUGUUUGAAAGAUUUGGCCUUUCUAUUUAUGUACUUUUUUACUUUGAUAUCGGUGAAAUUGCCUUUAUUUAUCUGUGAUAGUUUUAAAAAAUCUUUUACAAUCAACUAUACAAAAUUUAUGUGCUUUGUUAUAUGUAACCUGUGCAAAAUGAUGCUGUCAUUCAAACUACAAUUGUAAAUUCAUUAUUUUAAAAUGGUUCUCUGGUAUAUUCAUGAGAAUAAUAUCCAGUUUUCUUGUACCAAUUAAAAAUUUAAUUUAUACAUUUUGAAGUAAGUUGUUUAUUAAUCAAUUUACAAAGCUUUACAAAAGAUAAGCUGUCUUUUGAAAAAGACUUGCCUUUUGCAAAAUUAAGAUAUAAAAUUGAUGAAAAUGCAGAUGCAUGGUUCUUGGUUGCAGAGCACAGUUUCUGUGUAUCCAAAAAAAAAAAAAAAAACAACGUAUUGAAGUUAUAUCCAUGUAAGAUUUGAUUUCCUAUAAUCAUGUAAUGUGUAUUUGCAUAUAAGAAAUAGUACUUUUGAAUGAUCGGCUGAAACAUCAUUGGAUGUUACACACACACAAAAGACAAUUUUUACAAAAGAAGGUUUUUUCCGAGAGCGAAGUUAAAUUUGAAAAAAUUGCUAAGAGAAUAUCACAUCCAACGGUGCUCUACUACAAUAAAAGUUUUCCUCCUAAAAAUACAGAUAAACCCAAAUUCGUAUUUUAACAAAUCAACCAACAUUAUUUCACCAGAAAAACAAUUUUGUACCUUAGAGCCAGACUAGCAUAAUCCAAAAACUGAGAUUUUCGGUUUAUUUGUAAGUAGAAUCCUAUUCCUCAUCAAGCCAUGUGAAUGUUGUUCUAAAAAAAUCCUUUGUAAUUUUUUACCUGUGUUAAAAGAGCACUCAUCCCAUCCUUUGCAUGCCCUACACAAACAUUUACCCUCUUCUAAAAAUGAGCAAUUAUGUGACUUACAUUGCUCUGGCUUGAUGUACAGAAUUUUGAAUUAAAAAAAAAUCACAUUUAAUGUUGUUUCAGCGGACUUUGUGCAGAAAGGUUAAAGGGAACAAAAUAACUGAAGUACAAUUUGUAAAAUGUUGCACAAAUGUGUUUCAGAUGUAUCAGGCUAUUGCUAAUAGCAG